AAUGCAUUCUGUGAAUGGGGGGCGGUAAAAUGAUCCUGGGCUCAAAAGCUGGAAACUGAUUUAGGGUUUCGGUGGAUCGCUUCUUUCAUUCUUUGGCUUCUUGCUUGAGCUACUGUGAUUGUGCUUCUGGUGUUCCAUUCCAUUCCAAAAUCAUCCAGGGCUCUGGUUUGAGACCUAGAAUCGCGCUGCCGGAACGUUUGGCGCAACUCGCUCGACUCGCCGACGGCAUCAUGGAGGUGGAUGAGGAAAACUCUGUUUCAAUUUCAGCUGCAGAACCCACUGCCCAAAUGACUGAUGAUCAGACUUCAGUGUCUGCAAUUGAGCCUGUCCCAGUUCAACCUAUCAUUCCACCUAUAAUUGCACCUUCACUCGUGCCUCCUAUUGCUCCAAUACCCAGUAUUCCUCCCUCGAUUCCCCGUCCAUUGGCACCUCUUCCUGUUCGACCACCUGUUCUUAAGCCACCUCAGGUGCAGAAUGGUGAUGUCAAGGUCAGUGAUUCAGAUUCUGAUCGUGAUGAUUCAGGCCCCAGUAGGACUACUGCAGGUUCAGCUGCAGAAUAUGAAGUCUCAGAACAGAGUAGACAGAUUAGAGAGAGACAGGAAAAGGCCAUGCAAGAAUUACUGAUGAAGCGGCGUGCUGCAGCACUUGCUGUCCCUACUAAUGACAUGGCUGUACGUGCUCGUCUCCGGCGGCUUGGUGAACCCAUAACACUAUUUGGAGAAAGGGAGAUGGAAAGGCGAGACCGUUUGCGUAUGCUUAUGGCAAAGCUGGAUGCUGAAGGCCAAUUGGAGAGGCUAAUGAAAGCUCAUGAGGAUGAGGAGGCUGCAGCUUCUGUCGCAAAUGAAGAAAUUGAAGAAGACAUUCAGUACCCUUUUUUUACUGAAGGGUCAACAACACUUAUGCAGGCGCGAGUACAGAUUGCUAAGUAUUCCAUUGCAAAGGCAGCAAUGCGUCUUGAGCGUGCAAGGAGGAGAAGGGAUGACCCAGAUGAAGAUUUGGAUGCAGAGAUAGAUUGGGCCUUGAAGCAAGCAGGGAGCUUGGUCUUAGAUUGCAGUGAAAUAGGGGAUGAUAGGCCACUUUCAGGAUGUUCCUUUUCCUGUGAUGGAGAAAAGCUUGCCACCUGCUCCUUAAGUGGAGUUACCAAAAUAUGGAGCAUGCCUCAAGUGACCAAGGUUUCUACUUUAAAAGGUCAUACAGAACGUGCAACCGAUGUUGUUUUUUCUCCGGUGGACAAUUACAUAGCAACUGCCUCUGCUGACCGGACUGCAAGGUUAUGGAACAGUGAAGGGUCAUUGCUGAAGACAUUUGAAGGACAUUUGGAUCGCCUUGCUCGGAUUGCCUUCCAUCCAUCAGGGAAGUACUUGGCAACCACUAGCUUUGACAAGACUUGGAGAUUAUGGGAUAUAGAUACUGGCGAGGAGUUGCUUCUUCAAGAAGGUCAUAGCAGGAGUGUAUAUGGUGUAUCUUUUCACCAUGAUGGAUCUUUAGUUGCAACUUGUGGUCUGGAUGCGCUUGCUCGUGUAUGGGACCUUCGGACAGGCAGAAGCAUUCUUGCAUUCGAAGGCCAUGUUAAACCUGUUCUAGGUGUCAGUUUUUCUCCCAAUGGUUAUCAUUUGGCCACGGGUGGUGAAGACAACACUUGCCGUAUUUGGGACUUGAGGAAAAGAAAAUCAUUGUAUAUAAUACCAGCGCACUCAAAUCUUAUCUCUCAAGUCAAAUUUGAGACUCAAGAGGGUUACUUUUUGGUAACUUCUUCGUAUGAUAUGACUGCUAAGGUUUGGUCAUGUAGAGAUUUUAAACCUAUCAAGACACUAGCUGGGCAUGAAGCAAAAGUGACAUCAUUGGAUGUGGUAAGAGAUGGACAGUGUGUUGCAACUGUUUCACAUGAUCGGACGAUCAAACUCUGGUCAAUCAGAAACAACAGUAAGGAGAAAACGAUGGAAAUUGACUAGAUUGUCCAGAGGAUCUGCAUAUCGUUGGAGAGACUAAGAUGGGGCAAGAUCGGGUGCUGCUGGCCCUCAACCCCCCGGAAUUCUCAAUUGUUCACUAUAGACUAAUCUCCUUUGCCCAGUGUGGCCAAAAUAGCUUUCGUGUCUGGCGGAGCGUAAAUUUUCAAGUUUUCUCUACAUAUUCUAUGUUUCAUUCAUUAGAGAUCUUCUUCACGAGUUAGAAUCAGUGUUUGGUAACUUACAAAAGGUUUGAGAGCCUUCAUCCUA